CUGCUCCGGCCCGCGGCUGGGCGGGGCUGAGAGCGUGCCGCGCACGCGUCCUGCUGCAGCCGCCCCGCCCCCCCCCGCGGGUCCCCCAUGUGCGUUUGUUUGUGUACGUGCGCUGGCGAGCCGGCCGGGGAGGUUUAUAGGGGGAGAAAGCGGAACAGCUCGCACCGCUCUCCGGCCAUUUCGCUCUCGCCGCGCUCCGCAGCUAUGCUUCUGCUGGACCCGGACUCGCAGCUGGACUGCCGGGCUGGCCUGGUGCAGGCGGGCUCUGCGGUGAACUGCGCCGGCGACCCGUGCGGCCAGUCCCCUCUCCACCUGGCCGCGUCUGGAGGGGAUGCCUUCUGUUUGCUCUGGCUGCUGCAGACCGGAGGGGACCCGAACCAGCAGGACUGCUCCGGGGAGACUCCGCUCCACAAGGCCGCCAGGGCGGGCAGCCUGGAGUGUGUCAGCCUCCUGGUCGCCAGCGACGCUCGGCUCGAUUUGUGCACCAGCGACGGGCUGACAGCAGAGGGGCUGGCGUGGGCCAGCGGCGGCAGCGACUGUGCCAGAUUCCUGGCGGCUGCCAGGAGCAACCGGAGCUUGAACCCGAGAGCGCCGGGCCGCACCGCGCCCCUGGAGCUCCACAGGGCGGGGCAGAAACGAGGCGGCGCGGACAGCGGGCAGGGCGAGAGGAAGAGGGCCAGGGACUGGUGAGACAUCUGGCCCCCACUGCCCGCAGCGAGUCAGCUGGCCCCGUUUCCAGCCCAAGAGCUUUCACCUUUGAAGACAAAGUCUGUCUUCAAACCGGAGGAGACCUCACACCGCCUCUGUACAAACUGUACAGCAGGUGUCCCGCGGGGCGCGUUCGAGGUUAAGGGGGUUGGAGACUCGUAUCAUCAGGAGCAGGGCGCUUUGCUCCUCUAUGACUUAAAUGUGAACAGUCGCAGAGACCCAGCUGUCCUCCUGCCUGAAGUCUGCACGCUUUUCAACCCAGUUUCAGCCUGGAGCAACCGAAAUAAUCAAAGUCACUUUACUGUGCCUGUCUCCGUCUGACGCACCCCUGGGUUAAACAUCUGUGCAGAAUAUCAACGUGACUCAGAUUCCAUCCUGGAACAACAGGGUCUUCUUUCUUCCAUGAAGACAUACAGUUGUGUUUUGGAAUGAGGUGUUGUGCAUAAUUUAAAAUGAGAGCAAUCAUUUAACAGGAAAUUCAAGAUGUAUUCUUUAAAUUAGCAACAUUGGAAUUAGUCACAAUUCUUUGUGAUUAUUUUUGUUUACUGGCCCAUUGUAUGGGCUUGAGCUGUUUUUUUUUUUUGCGUGUGUAUUAUUCCCUUCCUGAAGCAUUUUUAAAGACAAACCUGUGUAAUGUCAUUUUCUCUCCUGAAAUGAAAUCUGAAAAGUUGCUAACUUAAACACUUUUAGAGAUGAUUUGAGUCAGAUCUAUUGCUGUUAAGUGUUUGUUAAAAAGGUUAAGGAAAUUCUACAACACUGAGGUCUGAUGAGUAAAUGAUGCUGCUACUUUAAAUAAAAUUUUACACUUUUGUUA